AUGCGCUCCAUUCCCGCGAAACCCUGGAUUCCGCGCGAACCAGGCCCUGACAUCGCCUUUAUCAAUGCUAAUGUUGUCGACGUCGAAACCGGCAAGAUUAUCCCGAAUUCCUCUGUCCGGAUCGCGGACGGUUGUAUUGUAGAUGUCGCUACUGGCAAAUACACUCCCCCUUCCAGCUCGACCGUCAUAGACGCAGAGGACCACUACAUCUGCCCUGGCCUUAUAGACUGCCACGUGCAUCUUACUGCAACGCCCGGCAACCCUGCUCUCAGAGACAUGUUUUCUGCCAGCCCAACCAGCCUCGCCCAUCGCGCCGCAUACGUCGCGCGAGAGAUGCUCCUCCGCGGAUUCACGACGGCGCGCGACACGGGAGGUGCCGACGCCGCGCUGCGCGACGCUAUUGCUGAAGGCCUUGUGCCUGGCCCGCGCCUCUUCAUCGCAGGAAAGGCACUCUCGCAGACGGGCGGACAUGGCGACUCCCGCGCCGCUUUCCAAGGCGAGGAAGAGAAAUGCUGCGGUGGGCACUCGCCGUCUCUAGCACGGGUGUGUGAUGGCGUACCCGCCUGCCUGAGCGCCGUCCGCGACGAGCUGCGCCGGGGCGCAGAUUUCAUCAAGAUCAUGUGUGGUGGCGGCGUAGCGUCCCCCUCUGAUGCGUUGGAUAUGCUUCAGUUCACGGCAGAAGAGAUUCAGGCGAUCACGAGAACUGCUGCGCACUCGGGCAAGUACGUGACUGCGCACUGCUAUACUGUGGAUGCGAUCCGCCAUGCAGUCGAUAAUGGGGUCCGCGGGAUCGAGCACGGAAAUUUCAUCGACCGCGAGACGGCAGAGUACUGCAGGGACAUGGGGGUCACAUUCACCCCGACGCUCGUGACAUACUACGGCAUGGUGCAGCCAGCAUUCUCGCACUUCCUAGACGAUGCCAGCCAGAGGAAGAACCAGGAGGUCCUCCGAGGCGGCCUGGAUGCUCUGGCGGUCCUCCGUGACGCCGGCGUGGCAAUGUGCUACGGAUCCGAUCUCCUGGCAGGCUUGCAUCCCCUGCAGAACCAGGAGUUCCGGAUCAGGGCUGGUGUGUUGACUGCCCGUGAGAUUCUACAAUCUGCCACCGUGGACGCGGCCAGGUAUCUGGGGAUGGAGGGGAAGCUGGGCAGUAUCAGGAGCGGGGGUAUUGCGGACCUGCUUGUCCUCAAGGCAAAUCCUCUGGAGGAUAUCACAGUCCUGGAUCGCAUUGGAGAGAAUUUGGUCGGUCUCUUGAAAGACGGGCGGGUGGUCACCCACAAGCUCGAUGGGCUGUCUGUCGACCCGCUGUAUGAUCCAUUCCGGGUCCGUCAGUAG